CUGCUGCUGCAGCAGCAGAUCGUACAGCAGAAGGAGGGGGGCCCGCUGCAGCAGCAGCAGCAGCAGCAGCAGCAGCAGCAGCAGGAGAUCGUCUAGAAGGAAGGGGGCCCCUUGCUGUUGGGGGCCCCUCAGCUGCUGCAGAUCUAUUUCUGCUGCAUGCAGCAACGCCAAGCUUGCUGCUGCUCCCUCACAACGUGUCAAAGACAGUAGAAGCACCUCAGCCUCUUCUAACUCAAUAUGUAGAUACUCAAACUGCAGCAGCAGCAGCAGCAAGUGCUGCUGCUGCUGCUACUGCUGCUGCAAGAGACGCAGCAGGGGGAGCCCUGUCUGUUGAAGAGCAUCCAACACCAGUACCUCGAGGGCUUCAGCCAUCUACGCUUGCUAACAGCAGCAAGGGAAACCGCAGCAGCAGCAGCAGCAGCAGCGGCAGCACCAGUGGUGAAGGCGGCAGCAGCAACAGCAGCAACAGCAACAACAGCAACAACAGCAACAACAGCAACAGCAGCAACAACGACAGCAGCAGCGUCAGCAGCAGGUCAGAUUGGCUGCUGCUGACGCCAGAGGAGAGGCGAAGGGCUGCUAAUUCUGCUGCAGCUGUUGCUGCGGCGGCGAGGCAGCAGCAGCAACAGCAGCAACAGCAGCAGCAGCAGCAGCAGCAGCAGCAGCAGCAGCAGCAGCAAGUAGUAACAGCAACGCUGUGGGGCGAGUUAGAGGCAUUCGGCUUACCUCUUUUAGUUGAGGGUUUCGCGCAUCCACCUGCUGCUGCAGUCCCUGCAACUACUGCUGCUGCUGCGACUGCUGCUGCUGCUAGAAAGAGCAGCAGCAACAGCAGCAGCAGCAGCAGCAACAGCAGCAGCAGACGGUGGAGGUUUGGUGGGGCGUUAUGGAGGCCGCGUCAUUCCCCCGCAACAGCAACAGCAACAACAGCAACAGCAACAGCAACAGCAGCAGCAGCAGCAGCAGCAGCAGCAGACGCGCAAGCGCUCGGAUACCCCAGCUGUAGGGGGCCCCCUCCUCCCCUGCUUGAUCUAUUUGCUGUUGGGGGCCCCCCUUUAAGUCAGUGGAGACAAAUAGCAGCAGCAGGGGGCCCCCCUAAAAGAGGGUUUGGUCUUAGAAUGCUGCUGCAUCUCUUAGGUUCGCGCCCGCAGCAGCAGCAGCAGCAGCAGCAGCAACAACAGCAGCAGCAGGGGCAGCUGCUGCAGCAGCAGGCGGAUGCUGCAUCCAACCUCACGUUGCAGCAGCACCAACACCCCCAGGGGGGCCCCCCUGCUGCUGCACAGCAGCAGCACAGACACCCACGACAGGGGCCCCUAAUCCCCCCCUUAGGGGGCCCCUAUAAGGGCCCCGGGGGGCCCCCCAAUGGGGGCCCCCCUAAUGGGGGGCCCCCCAAUGGGUACUGCAGGGGGCCCCCCAAUGGGGGGCCCCCUAAUGGGGCCCCCUCUAAUAGGGGGCCCCCAACAAAGGGGGGCCCCUAUGAGGGCCUCAGGGGGCCCCGCAGUAUUGGGGGGGGCCCACUGAUGAUUGCUGAGGGGGUGUGGGGCCCCGCUAAUGCUUUGCUGAUGUUGACAGGGCGCGGAUACUCCUUUUGGGUUUACGAACUGCUGCUGCAGCAACAGCAGCAACAACAACAGCAGCAGCAGCUACUGCUGCUGCUGCAGCAGCAACAGGGGGCACGUAGCAGCAAGCUCCUCCUCAAGCAGCUGAGAAACCGAAACAACAUAAUGCAGCAGCAGCAGCAGCAGCAGCAGCAGCAGCAGCAACAGCAGCAACCCUUGCUGGAUGCCUGGGGGUUUCCUGUAUGGCCCGAGUUUGGGGUUUUGUCUCAUAUUCAUAAAGUCCUAGGAGCCCACAGCAAAGCGCUGCUUGAGGGCACGCGGAAGCAGAUAAAGGGGCCCUCUGGCGUUGAAGCAGUUGAAAUAAAAAAUCUGCUCGUUGUAUGCAACACCCGCUCGAGGGUAAAAAAGCUUCAAUGGCGAGGAGCAGAGGUGGGUAUACACCCCAAAUCCUGCGUGCUGCUGCACUCUGCUGCUGUUCAAGCAGCAGCACCGCAGCAGCAACCAGCAGUAGCAGCAGCAGCAGAAGCAGCAGGUGCAGCAGCAGCAGACGACCCCACUCUCACUGUUCAUCCUCCUCCUUUCACUUCGGCGAGCUCUCAUUUGCUGUUCAUUGGAUAUACUGAGCGGCAGCAGCAGCAGAAGCAGCAGCAGCAACAGCAGCAGCAACAGCAGCAGCAGCAGCAACAGGAACAGCAGCAGCAGCUGCAGCAGCAAGAUGUUAAGGUUUUUGCUGCCACUGAUGGCAUUGUCCUCUUCCAGCCCCAGCUGGUAUUGACGUCUCGCCGAGAUAUCCGCGAGUUUAAAUUUUUGUUUGGCGGCAAACAAAGUGAAGAGCAGCAGCCCGCAUUCUGCUUGGCUUCACUUGCUGCUGCUGCUGCUGCUGCUGCUGCUGCUGCAACAGGUGCGGCGGCCGCAGACACAGCAGCAGCAGCAGCAGAUGCAGCAGCAGCAUUGACACUGGCGCAGCACCCUGUGCUAACGGAGCCCCUGUGGAUUACCCAAGGCAGAACAAAGGUUGUUUGGGUGGAGCUGGAGCUUAGCAGCCUUGUGGGGCUGCCUUUGCCGUUGCAGCUGCAGCGCAGCAGCAGCAGCAGCAGCGGCUUGCGCGUGCUGGAGGUGCGCAGGAGCAAGCACCAACAGCAGCAGCAGCAGCAGCAGCAGCAGGUGUUGCUGCUGUUGCUUGCUGACGGUUUGCUGCUGCAGCACCAGUUAUUGGGAUCGUCUCCCGCAGCUAAGGAUUCCUUUGCUGUUCUGCUGCCCCCAACAGCAGCAAAGCUGCAGCUCAUCAGCAUCGCGCUAGACAAUCCCCCUUUAGUUAUGCAGACACCCGGGGACGGCGGCCUGUGGGGUCGUUUGCUGCGCAUUUGGGGUGGAGGUCGCCAGCAGCAGCAGCAGCAGCAGCAACAACAGCAGCAACAGCAGCAGCAAGAGGCCGAAGGAGGGUCAGGAGAAGCAGCAACAGCAGCAGCAGCAGCGCAAGACAUUGGCAACAGCGCUGGCAGCGUGUUGCUGCAGCAGACGGAGAAGGAAACUGCCCCCCCUGAAUCAGAAGCAGCAGCAGCAGCAGCAACAACAGCAGCAGCAACAGCAGCAGCAACAGCAGCAGCAGCAGCAGCAGCAGCAACGGCGCUGCCUAGCCCGGAAAUCUUCAUUGAUGGAGUGGCUGUAGAUGCGAGGCACCUGACCGUUUAA